AUGUGCAACACUACAGUUCCCGAUUGCAGCUGUUAUUUCUGCUCUGAUGACGAACUAAUCAUCUCGAAUCACGCUGUCAUCUUUCACGCCGAUCUUCCGCUUCCAAAAAAUGUUGAAUUUUUCCAUAUCGACUCUAAAUGCUUCAAAAAAAUCAAAUCUUCGGAUUCAACAGUCGCAGUGGAAUGUCCGUACAAUGGCAAGAAAUCCCACUAUCAUUGCCUGAAUUGUCGCAAGGUUGGUGAAGUCUUAACAUAA